AUGGCCCAGGGCAAGGCUGGACGGAGGAGACGCUCGAGUAGCAUCAUCUACCAGGAGCCUGCCGAAUCCAUUGAGCACACCAGCGACCAGGCCGCCCUGCCCAAUCUGAAUGCGAACUGGGUCAACGCCAAGGGUGCCUGGACCAUCCAUUUCGUCCUGAUCGUUUGCCUCAAGAUCUUCUACGACAUCAUCCCCGGCGUCUCACAGGAGACCUCAUGGACCCUCACCAACAUCAGCUACAUGUUCGGAUCCUUCCUCAUGUUCCACUGGGUGCGGGGCAUCCCCUUUGAAUUCAACGCCGGCGCGUAUGACAACCUCAACAUGUGGGAGCAGAUCGACAAUGGAGAUCAGUACACACCCACCAAGAAAUUCCUCCUCUGCGUCCCCAUUUGCCUCUUCCUCCUCAGCACGCAUUAUACCCACUACGACUUGACGUAUUUCACCAUCAACUUUCUCGCCACGCUGGGGGUGGUCAUUCCGAAACUGCCUUUUUCGCACCGUCUGCGGAUAGGUCUCUUCUCCGAUAUACCGGAAGAGUAG